CGGAGCGCCCCGAGCCGCUGGGGCACGGCCGGACCGGGGCCCGGGGGCGCGGCGGCCCCUCGGUGCGGAGGCGGGCCCCCCCGCCCAGCACCACGACACUCGGCGGGCAGGGGAAACUACAAUUCCCAUAAGGCCAGGCGGUGUAGCGUGCUUUUCCUCCGCCGGGCGGCGCGCGGGGUGUGUCGGGUGCUGUGGUCCGGUGCCGUCCCGGCCUGCCCCGCGCUGCCGCCGCUGCCGCCAUGGCCGCAAUGUUGUGCGCCCGCCGCUUCCUCCGCCUCGCCCGCCCCUCGCUGCCGCUGCCCCCCACCCGCGGCUAUGCCGAUCCCGCCGGCGGCCCCGCUGCCAUGGCCUUCACCUUCGCCUCACCCACACAGGUGUUCUACAACGGAGCCAACGUGAAGCAGGUGGAUGUGCCCACACUGACCGGCUCCUUUGGCAUCCUGGCAUCCCACGUCCCCACGCUCCAGGUGCUCCGGCCGGGCGUUGUCACAGUCCAUGCUGAGGAUGGGACGGCCACCAAGUACUUUGUGAGCAGCGGCUCUGUCAGUGUCCACGCCGACUCCACGGUGCAGGUGCUGGCAGAGGAGGCAGUGACCAUAGACAUGCUGGACCUGGCUACUGCGAAAUCCAACCUGGAGAAAGCUGUGUCAGAGAUGGCAGCAGCGUCUGAUGAAGCUGCUAAAGCAGAAGCUCAGAUUAAGGUAGAAGCUAAUGAAGCCCUGGUAAAGGCUCUGGAAUAAAUCCAGGAAUCCCACUGUGGAUGCAGAACUCCCAGCCUGUCCCUGUUCUGCUCCCUGGCUGUACAGAUGGAACAGGACAAACGGAGGUGGAGAAAUGGUUCUGAUCAAUUAAAAGGAAAUGUGACCCUC